ACAAGAACAAAGACUGAGAAGACAAGAAGAACUUCAAGAGAUCGAAGAAAAAUACAAAACAAUAAUGAAAACAGAAGAAGAGAACUGGGAGACAAAGAUACAAAAGCAAAGACUGAGAAGAGAAAAAGAUCUUCAAGAGAUCGAAGAAAAAUACAAAACAGAACAAGAGAUCUGGGAGACAAAGAUACAAGAACAAAGACUGAGAAGAGAAGAAGACUUUGAGAAAAGGAUGGAGAAAGAACAAAAAAUGUGGGAUGAAUAUUAUCAGAGUGUUAAAAAAGAGAGAGAUGAAUUAAAAAAACAGACUGAAACAUUGGAAAGAGAGAAAGGAUGUCUUCACGUCAAACAUGAAUCAGAAAUGGAAAAGAUGAGCAUAAUGAUGGAGGAAGAAAGACAGAAUCACAACACAGAGAGGAGGAGGAGAGAGGAAGCAUUUACUGAACAUGAAAAACAAUACAGAAAUAAGAUAAAAGAAAAAGAGGAGCAAAUGCAGAAAUAUCUUGAGGAAAUGCUAAAACAAAUGCAAGAUAAUGAGAGAAGGAAGAGGGAGGAAGAAAAACAAGAAUGGAUAAAACAACACAAGAUUCUCACAAAAGAAAUCCAGCAUGAAAAAUCUCUGAAAGAAGAGCAAUGUAAAGUAUAUGAAGAAAAGAUUAAAUUAAUAGAACAGCAGAAGCAAGAUGAACUAGAGAGACUACAACCAGUGGACAGUGAGGAAGAGAGACAAAAAGACUUGGAGAGCAUGAAAAGGUGCUGCUCCCAAACCGUCUGUUCUCUAAAGAGAUAUGAAACUAGCCAAAACCAAAAGCUUGGACCAAAAAACAAUGAACAGCUCAACAAACUUUACCACAGACUGGAUCUGACAAAAAGGCUUCAAAAUAAAAUGAGAACUAAAAACAUUCUUGAAAUCAAGUCUACACUUCAGUCCCAGGAGCCACAGCAAGAGGCUGAACUGGUAAACUCAUUUCUACAAAAGCUGAUGAACAUGAACUACAGCGCAAGAUACACUGUCAUAAAACACAGAAAAAAAGACAGAAAGCAAGACUACAAUCAUGAUAUUCACCCAAUGGAUGUUCAGAUGGCCGUGUUUCAAUGUGCUGAUGGUUUCCUGAAGCAGAUGAUGGUGACUAAACUCUCACAGUGUCAGUAUGCACUGCCUCUGCUUGUUCCUGAUCCAUUCACACAACAGAUUGAGUUUCCUCUCUGGACAUUCAGACAAAUCAACAAGAGCUGGAAGAUGAAGAACAGCAACAAUGAGAUCAUCAGUCAAACCCAGCCGGUCUACAAGGCUGAGACUCCAAUGGUGUCUUUCUUCAGGUUUGGCUCUGUGUCUUCAUCUAAGUCUCAGCUGAUGAACAGCCUCAUCAAUGAGAAACACAACACGUUCUUCCACAGGAACUGCUCAGGCAGCAGCAGAACCAGAUUACUGAUGGAUGGAGUGGUGGAGAUCGCCUGGUACUGUCCUUCUGGGAAAAAGACAGAUGCAUUUGAUGACUGUGUUGCUUUCUGUAAUCUUCAUGGAGAUGCAGGAGAGAAUGAGGAACAAUAUGAGAUUCUGACCAGUACGGCUUCAGUAAAUGUCCUCUUCUUACCUGAUUUUGGACAGAAAAACCAGUACAAGGGUUUGGUGAGAUCACUCUUCAGAUCUCCUCAACCUCUCAUUUGUCUGCUGACUGAGAAUAACUGUGAUAAAACUGAACUAGGCGAUGGGAAAUUCAUAUUUGGUCUUUUAACAAAAAACCAAGCUGAUUUAUCUGAGCAAAUAAGAGAGACUGUCAGAGAGAGUUUGACCAAACAGAAAAAGACUUUCAAGCUUGAAGAUGUGGCCAAACACACAGGAAUCAGAGUAGAUGAGGAUGAUCCAGAGUGUCAGAGAGGAAAACAAGCAGCAGAUCAGAUCAUGUGUUUACUGAGAGGAAAAGAUCCAUCAACUGUGAAAGAAGCAAUCCUGCCCUGUCAGGGGAAACUGUGGCAUGACUGGUGUGACAUGAACAAAAAGCUGCAUCAUUUAGAAGGAGAAAAUCUAGAGGAAGAUAAAAGUACCAAACUAAAGAACAUGAGAGAAAUAAGACAAAAGCAAGUGAAACAAGGAUUGAGUGAGUUUAUGAGGAAAUUUAUUGAAACCAUGAAAUCACAGAAAGACGAUGAAAAAAACUAUUUCCUCAGAUGGAUGAUGAACCUGUUGAAUGACUUCACUUCGGAGAACCUCUGUGAACUUCAUAAGGUGCAUGCUGUGAAAUGGCAAGAAGUCUCAACAUUGAAAAAGGUUCACAAAUCAGAUCAACUGCAGACUGAACAAACAAAUCUAGAAAACAUAUCAGAGCAAAUUAACAGGACAAGUUUUGGCUUGGAGCACAUCCUGAGAGAGUUUGGUCAGAUCUAUGAAUCAUGGGCAUCUGUGAAGAAGAACAAGAAAGAUCAUCUGCAGUUUGACUUCUGUUCUCUCCCGAGUCUUGCAGCAGAGAUGAUGAUCUCAGGUUUCCCCAUGGAGCUGAUGGAUGGAGAUGCUGCUCAUGUUCCUCUCUCCUGGGUCACUGCUGUUCUAGAUCAACUUGUUAAGAAACUGGGAGACCAGAAACUCUUUGUGCUGUCAGUUUUAGGGAUUCAGAGCUCUGGGAAAUCCACUAUGCUGAAUGCCAUGUUUGGACUCCAGUUUGCGGUCAGUGCAGGCAGAUGCACCAGAGGAGCUUUCAUGCAGCUGAUCAAAGUGUCAGAAGAGAUGAAAACAGAGCUAAAGUUUGAUUAUAUUCUGGUUGUUGAUACAGAGGGACUUCGUGCACCAGAACUGUCUGGAAGGUCAACAACACAUCGUGACAAUGAGAUGGCAACAUUUGUUGUUGGUCUUGGAAAUAUGACCCUGAUCAAUAUACUUGGAGAAAACUCAUCUGAGAUGCAGGACAUUCUUCAGAUUGUUGUCCAGGCCUUCAUGAGGAUGAAUAAAGUCAGACUGAAUCCAAGCUGCAUGUUUGUGCAUCAGAAUGUCUCAGAUAUUACAGCUGGAGAGAAAAACACAGAGGGAAGGAGACGACUGCAGGAAAAACUGGACAACAUGACAGAACUCGCUGCUAGAGAAGAAGUCUGUGAUGCAGAACAAUUCAGUGAUGUGAUUGCGUUUGAUAUCCAGGAAGAUGUGAAGUAUUUCCCGCAGCUCUGGGAGGGCAGUCCACCCAUGGCUCCACCAAACCCAAACUACUGCGAGAACAUUCUAGAACUGAAACAAACUAUUGUAACACAUGCUUCAAAAUCAGACGGCAUAAUGAUGACACACCUGAGAGACCGCAUUCAAGAUCUCUGGGAGGCUUUGCUUAAUGAACAGUUUGUGUUCAGCUUCAAAAAUUCUCUGGAAAUCAUGACAUACAAGAAACUAGAGACAGAAUACAGCAAGUGGACCUGGAGUCUUCGGAGUGCCAUGCUGGAAAUAGAAAACAAGCUUCACAAUAAAAUAGAAAAUAAAGUAAUUCAUGACAUUGAAGAAUCUGAUCUUCAAAAAGAACUAAAUGCUAAAAGUGAAGAAGUGAAAAAGACAAUGACUGAUUUCUUUGAGGAAGACAGAGAUGCAAAUAUACUGAAUCAGUGGAAAGAUUCAUUUGAAAUAAAAAUCAAAGAGCUUCAAGAAAACAUUGUGAGAGAAACUAAGAGAAAAUUAAGUGCUGUUCUUCAACAGCGUCACAUGAAGAAAAUGAUGGAUGCUGAGAGGACACAUCAUGAAAACAUUCUCUUUGAAAAGAGCAAAGAACUUGCCCUAAAAUUGAAAGGAAACGCAAAUGAUGAAAAUGGAAUGAAAACACAGUUUGAUUCCUUUUGGAGACGACAGACGGCUGCGAUCAUCAGAGACACUCCUUUAGUCAAAGACAUUGAUAUAUUAAGAGACAUAAAGAAGCUUCUCAGUGAAAGAUAUGAAAGUCUCCCUUUAGACCGCAUGAAAGAGAGCAGUCAGUACAAACAUAUGAUCUGUUUGCCAAACUAUUCAGAAUAUGUACAGUUAAAGAAAUCCAGUGGAAUUACAGGACCUUUAAAAAAUGUGUACAAAAAAGGUAAAGAGAUGCUUGGUUUUGCUUUAUCUGAAGAGGAUGAAAUCCAGAUAAGAGCCUUGAUCACCGACAUUUCUGAGCACACAGAUAAAAUGAUUCAGUCAUAUAACAUUGCAAAAAUGGGCUACAACAAUAGUUGCAUUCAACAACUCACAGAUUACAUAAAGACAAGAUUAACACAGCAUGAAGAUGGGCCAAAAGUGAAAUAUGUGUUCAAGAGUGAAUUCUUCAUGGAUCUUGUACUUUACAUAUUCCAUAAAACAAAAAAGACAUUCACAGAUCAAUACAAAAUGUUCAGGGAAGCCAAUGAUCCUGUUCUCUAUUUUGAGAGGAAGAGUGUAGAGUACUACAGCAUUUUCCAGAAAUACUGUCAAGGAGCAUCAUCAACUGCUAUUUUUGGUGAAUUUGUUUGUAAAAAACUCAAAGAUCCCAUUCAGCAGAAUGUCUACAAAAAAACUGCCAAAGAUUUAGCAGAUGAAAUGAGGACAAACUGUGAAUCACUGAAUGGGAACCGAUCAAAUCUGGAGAAACACAUCCUGAGGAAACUGGCAGAAAAACAAGACUUCAACGCAUACAUGACCUACAUUAAAAAUCCCAAAGAACACUUCAAGAAUUUCAUCAGAGAUGCAGUCAGUCAGUACAUCACCGAAAGAUUUAAAGAUAGUGUUCGACCCAAGAUGGAAAACAGCAUUAAACUCCUGGAGCAGAUGAUCACAGAAGCAGCACAUGAAUCCAGCAAACAUGUUAAAGAGAUCAAUGGAAAUACUGAAUCAUGGUUGCUUCAUUUCACUCAACAGCUCUCUGAUGUGCUGGUAUUCUCUAAAAGUGAUCUCACUGGAGUGAAUCAAGAUGAUGUUGAAGUACGAUUCCUAGAAGAUUUGAUAAGGAGAGAACUUCCUUCUACAAUUUCUGACAUAAUCAGUAAAUUCAGCACAGAAACGUUUCCAGUAAAGCUGGAGCACAAAGACAGACCAGAUGAGAUUCUUAUUGAUUACCUCUGUGAUUGCUGUUGGGUUCAGUGUCCUUUCUGUGCAGCCAUCUGCACCAACACAAUAGAAAACCAUCCUGGAGAUCACAGUGUGCCUUUCCAUCGUAAUGAUGGGAUGAAUGGGUGGAGCUACAGAGGAACAACAAACCUAUCUAUCGACAUCUGCACAUCAGCAGUAGCCAGUGAUCGAUCUUUUUAUCCAAAUAGCUCAGAUGAAACAGUCCUGUUGAAGGAAUACAGAAAAGGAGGUCCUAAAUAUGCUUCAUGGAGCAUCACCCCAGAUCUCUCUGAGCUGCCGUACUGGAAGUGGUUUGUGUGCAGAUUCCAAACAGACCUGGAAAAGUACUAUGGAAAAACCUAUGAGGGGCGAGGCAAGAUCCCAGAUGAAUGGAGAAAAUACUCUCAAGAGGAAGCUAUUGAGAGUCUGAAUAAAUACAUUUAAGCAAACAUUUUCAAAGACUCUGAUUUCAGAGACUAUGUUCAGAGACAUGCAGCUAUGAGAAAUCUAAUUUACUAUUAUGAACAGAAGCAUGCAAAGUUGAAUAUUGCACUUCAAGAUUCAUGUACAAACCUUUUCAAGAAGACUUGGUUUUGAGUUCAGAAGAAAAUAUAAAUACCAAAUGAACCAAAUUUUGACAAGUAAUAGACUCAUGUCUGCAGCAGAAGCUGUAAUGUGAAAGCACAUGUUAUGAGAAAUGCUUUUUGCCUGGUUGAAACUUAAACAAUGAUCCACUUGACUAUAUUUAAUCUGCUCAAAAUAAUGCUCCAUGUUGAACAUAAUAUGCCACAUAU